CCUGAGAAAGAUAAACCAUCGUUCAAUUUGACUACUUCUGAGCCUCCUCAAAAGAAACUCAAACUCCCAACUAUAAAAAGAAGCCUCAGGUGAUGCCGGCGCCGGCAUCUACAGCUGGUACUCCAAAUUCUCGGGCAGCGGCGGGUUCCGCUGUGUCUGUGGUUCCAAGGGGCGGGACGAAGCCAAAGGCCUCAGAGGUCGACCUAAGUAAUCCUGAUGAGUAUGCCAAGCUAUUUGGCAUCACAACUUCCUCUGCUUCCAAGAAAUCGACGCCUUCUUCCCAGGCUACUCCAACAAAUUACAAGGCUUCUGAGCAGCGAGCAAUAGAAAUCCAACAUGCUCGAGAACAGGCACGUAUUGAUCGCGAGAAGGAUUGGGAUUCGAGCAAUACUUUCGACAUGCAAUAUGCCGCAGAGUGUAUCCGGGCUUAUGAAGAGAAAAUAUGGAAAGAACGCCGUUAUAUGUAUAUGACGCAGGUCGCCGCCGCAUGGGCGAUGAAGCCCGAGAGGCCUGGACCAGAAGUAGUACCACAUCGGCCUGAUCCUUCACUGGCUGCAAAGUAUUCCACGGCAGGUAAAAGUCUGGCCAAAGGUGCUGCCAAGGUUGGAACCAGUGCAGGGCGGCAAUUACGCUGAAAUAUUUGGCCCAGACGAACACUUGCACUCUUGCUUCUGUCAGCGUGUGCACCCUAACGCCGUCGUGGAUGGUGUCUGCGCGCUUGACUCUGAAAGGUUUUCUAUAGGUCCACUUUGUUCGCCUCCCGGAGAUUCCACUCCUAACCAAUCGAGUUCGUUGAUCACACCAAUCCCCUCCUAACUCUACGAAUGGGGUUUUACCUGGCCUCCUAAUUAGACCAGGAAUUUUGGGAUGACAUGGUCAACUGGGUCCUCUGUAGCAUA